CAGAGCCGCGGGCAGGAAUUCCACAGUCCCUCAGCACAGAGGACACGAGACAGACCCGAGCACAUCUCUCCGGAGCCGGCACUCAUCCCGAGGGUCACUUUAGUCACAAACAAACAGGACAACAAUAUCAGGACUUUCGGAUUUAUUUCACACACCUUGCUUUUGACACAAAGAGAUUUCCUCAAGGACACACAUUUGUUGAGAGGAGCUGACAUUUGAACUGGCGCGGAGUUGCGCACUGCUCCGAAUUUACGGAUUCUUAAUUUAAUUGCGGGUUGUUUUGGGUUUUCCCUAAAAUCCCGCGGAGGACAAACUGAACAGCUUUAGCCUGUUGAAAGAAGUAAAACUGGACAUAUUUUUUUGACAAGUUGGCGGAAUGGUAGAGCACUUUUGGGAAAGGUUUUUGGACGAAUGCGUCUGGCGAGUGGAGAUGCCAACUUUACAGAGAUUUGUCAAGGCCUAAACAAUCAUCAACAUCAGUGAAUCAAAGCAGAUUCUCUUCCUAAACAAGAAGAAGCUCUUAUUCAUCAUUUGUAGGAGACAGUUAACUUCCAGACAGGGGGGCAAAAGAAACCGAGCUUGAUGUUUAGCACUUAUUUUCAUUGGAGAGAGUUAAUGACCAUGUUAUCCAAAGUCUUGAGGACCUGUCGAUUUUCGCUCCAGCUCCUCCCCCUCUUAUUGCUGUUAAGGCUGGGUGUUCUCAGCGCUGCACCCUCUGGCCCAGAGUCAGACACCUGCUCUACACUAGUACAGAACCGUUUCUUUGGUUUCUUUUUCUCCUCAUUUGCCUUUCCCAGUGCCCCUUGCUCCUGGACACUGCAGAAUCCAGACCCAAGGCGCUACACCAUUUUCAUCAAAGUCACCAAGCCUACAGAAGACUGUGUGCCCCAGCAGUACCGCACUUUCCAAUACGACUCCUUUAUGGAGACCACACGUACUUACUUCGGCAUGGAAAGCUUUGAUGUAGUAAUGAAGCUGUGUGAUGCCUCCACUCACAUGGCCUUUUUAGAAGCAGGGAAGCAAUUCUUGCAGAUUCGGAAAGGACUAGCAAGCGGUGGUUCAGGUCAAGACGAGGGGAAUGGAGAGUUUAAGGUGGAGUACCUGGUGGUGGGCAAGCGGAACCCCAGCAUGGCAGCCUGCCAAAUGCUGUGCCAAUGGUUGGAGGACUGCUUGACUUAUAGCACUUCCAACCGGCCCUGUGGCAUCAUGCAGAUUCCUUGCCAGUGCGGGUAUGCUCCACUGCAAGAAAAUAACGGAUGCUACAGAGAUGGAGUCUACCUAGAGAACUGUUAUUCCACUGUGAAAGGAGCACCAUCUGACACAGAUACCAGUGGUGGCUGGAGUAGCUGGGGGAACUGGGGAGAAUGUAGUAGUGAGUGUGGGGGUGGUGUUCAGACACGCACACGUGUGUGUCAGUCACCACCAGAGGAGGCGUACCUGUGUGCUGGAGUGCUGGAAGAGGGCCAUCCCUGUAACCCUCAACCCUGCAUUGGCUACAGCCAAUACUCAUCUAAAGCGAAGGUUUUAAGCACACUGAAAUAUACUGGGCCGGAGGAUACGAAACUUGGCAAAGGCCGAUACAGCUCUCGUAGCCAAUCUCUACGAUCGGCGGACAGCCGCAAACGAGAGGAUGUGGACAAGAGCCGUGCUGGACAGCAGUCUCCUCAGACAGACUCUCCUGUGGGUGAGGAGUGGUCCCCGUGGAGUGUAUGCUCAGCUACUUGUGGCGAAGGCUGGCAGAGUCGCACACGCUUCUGUGUUUCAGCCUCGUACAGCACGCAGUGCAGUGGGCCACUGCGUGAGCAGAGACCCUGCAACAACACCGCCGUGUGCCCAGCCGCUCUGAUUGCAGUGCACGGUGCGUGGGAUGAGUGGUCUCCAUGGAGUCUGUGUUCUUCUACCUGUGGUCGUGGAUAUAGGGACCGCACACGCACUUGUAAGCCACCACAGUUUGGAGGUGAUGAGUGCGUGGGCCCAGAGAAACAGACCAAAUUCUGCAACAUCGCUGUCUGCCCAGUGGAUGGUGUGUGGAACGAGUGGUCCAGUUGGAGCUCUUGCUCAGUUUCAUGCUCGAAUGGGACCAUGCAGCGCACACGUGAGUGUAAUGGCCCAUCAUACGGUGGCUCAGAAUGCCAGGGUGAGUGGCUGCAGAUGCGUGACUGCUUCCUAAGGGAGUGCCCUGUUGAUGGACAAUGGCAGCAGUGGAGUCCCUGGUCGAGCUGUACCAAGACUUGUGGUGGGGGGAGCCAGCAGAGGCAGAGAGUGUGCUAUGGACCCUUCUUUGCCGGGGAGCCAUGCCCAGGAGACCGUGUGGAAAUACAGCGUUGCAUGGAGAAGAGAUGCCCAGAACCCCAUGAGAUUUGUGACGAGGAGAACUUCUCAAAUGUAGUGUGGAAGAAAACUCCUGCUGGAGAUACAGCAGCUGUGCGCUGCCCACCAAAUGCUGCUGGCACAAUAUUUCGUCGAUGCUCUUUGGAUGAGGAAGGAAUUGCCUACUGGGAAAGCCCUUCUUACAUGAAGUGCAUCUCUAACGAUUACCGCAGCAUCCAAACACUGACCCGAGACCACCUGUCAAAGGCACAGAGAGGGCUUGUGGGAGACGGAGUUUCAGAGGUUAUGAACAAACUGAGGGUGACUUCCAGUGAGGGGACAAGCUACAGUGGAGACUUGCUGGCUAUAAUCGACAUCCUGAAGAACAUGACAGAAAUAUUUAGGAGGUCUUACUACAGCCCCAGCAGUGCUGACAUGAGGAAUUUUGUUCAGUCAGUUAGUAACCUGCUGAUGGAAGAAAACAGAGAGAGAUGGGAAGAAGCACAGCUGCUAGGUCCUAACAUUAAGGAACUCUUUCAUCUGGUGGAGGAUUUUGUUGAUGUCAUUAGCCUCCGCAUGAAGAACUUUCAAGAUAAUUAUGAGGUCACCGAUAACCUUGUGUUGAGCCUUCACAAGCGACCUGUUGCAGGCAACUCUGAUAUCAGCUUUCCAAAAAGAGGGUGGAUGGGCUUGGAGGACUGGGCUCGCAACUCUGAGGACAAAGUCACCAUCUCGAAGAGCAUUGUCUCCUCUGGUAACCCAGCUGAAGAUGAGGCUUCAGCAUUUGUUACCGGCAUUGUCCUCUACAGAAACCUUGGCAGUAUCCUGUCUCUUCAGAGAAACAGCACUGUGUUGAACUCCAAGGUGAUCUCUGUGACGAUCAAACCCACCCCCAUUUCUCUCUCUGCCCCAGUGGAGAUUGAAUUUGCACACCUUUACAACGGCACGACCAACCAAACGUGCAUUUCCUGGGAUGAGAGUGACAGCUCGUCGCCGCUGGGCUCGUGGUCGGCGCGCGCCUGCAGAGCUGUGCCCGUGCACUCCUUCAGGACCAAGUGCGUGUGCGAGCGCCUCUCCGCCUUCGCCAUUUUGGCCCGCCUGAGUCCCGACGCGAGUAUGGAUCCAUCCAAGAGCCAGCUUCCGUCUGUGACGCUGAUUGUGGGCUGUGGGGUCUCCUCGCUCACACUCCUGCUCCUCAUCAUCAUCUAUGUCUCUGUGUGGAGGUACAUCCGCUCCGAACGCUCCGUCAUUCUUAUCAACUUCUGCCUGUCCAUCAUCUCCUCUAAUGCGCUAAUCCUCAUUGGUCAGACGCAGACACGAAACAAGGUUGUUUGUACUCUUGUGGCUGCUUUUCUCCACUUUUUCUUCCUUUCCUCUUUCUGUUGGGUCCUGACGGAGGCCUGGCAGUCUUAUAUGGCUGUGACCGGCCGUUUGAGAAACCGAAUCAUACGCAAACGCUUCCUCUGCCUGGGAUGGGGUUUGCCUGCACUUGUUGUGGCCAUCUCUGUUGGCUUUACCAAGGCUAAAGGAUAUGGUACAGUUAACUACUGCUGGUUGUCUCUGGAAGGAGGACUCUUGUACGCAUUUGUGGGACCAGCUGCAGCUGUAGUCUUGGUUAACAUGGUUAUCGGGAUUCUGGUUUUUAACAAACUGGUGUCCAAAGACGGCAUUACUGAUAUGAAACUGAAGGAGAGGGCAGGUCAGAUGACAGUGCCACUGUACAAUAUGACGCUCAAAUGUGCCAAGUGCGGAGUUAUCUCAUCGGCAGACCUUUCCACCACAGCUACCAGUAACGCCAUGGCGUCUUUGUGGAGUUCAUGUGUGGUUCUGCCAUUGCUGGCACUCACCUGGAUGUCCGCAGUGUUGGCCAUUACUGACCGCCGUUCAGCUCUCUUCCAGAUCCUCUUUGCCAUAUUUGAUUCCCUUGAGGGAUUUGUUAUUGUGAUGGUACACUGUAUCCUGCGCAGAGAGGUUCAAGAAGCAGUGAAAUGUCGCGUUGUUGAUCGGCAAGAAGACGGAAACGGUGACUCCGGUGGAUCUUUCCAGAACGGUCAUGCGCAGCUCAUGACUGACUUUGAGAAGGAUGUUGACAUUGCCUGCAGAUCAGGUCCUGGCAAGCGCUCUUCCCUUCAGGGUGAGGAGAAGUUGGCCUCUCAGCAGCUCACAGUGCAGAAAGGCUCAAACUUCAACACAAUGCCUGCCAGCAUGGCCAAAGUUCACUUGCAGAAUGUGGCAGAAUAUGGCAGCCACACACUCACACUUCGCCGUGACAAAGGAGCUACAGCCGGCAUCAGCACUGAGCUGCCUGGUGCCAAGGCCAUAUACGUAUGUGAUGGAGAGCUUUUCAAACAAUUGGAGGGAGACAAUGCAGGAUCUGAGGGAGGUAAAGUGACACAAGGCUACAACAACAAUACAAUUACUGCCACUACCCUCAGGACGACCAAGCCAACCAAAGAGGACUCCAAGUACAACAUCAGCAUCGAGCAUGUGCCACAGACCAGACUCAUUCAUCUGAGCAACACAGCUAGCACAGAGCCUGUGCCAGGGUAUGGGCUAAAGAGUUUUCCUGCUGAACGGGUGAAUGUGCAAUGCUCAGAGAAGGACUCCCCUUUGCAGAACAUCUCCAGUGACGCUCACAGGACUAACAGCGUAUUAGAGCCUGCGGACUCAGGAAAUUCAGGCGUGAUGUCGAAGAGUGAGACCAUUUCUACACUGUCCAUGAGCUCUUUAGAGAGACGAAAAUCACGCUACGCAGAGCUGGAUUUUGAGAAGAUCAUGCACACGAGAAAACGCCACCAGGACAUGUUCCAGGAUCUGAACAGAAAAUUGCAGCAUGCCGAGAAAGACAGAGACUCUCCGCCAGUGGACAGCAAACCCGGGAAGAGAUGGAGCGUGUCGUCUGGAGGCAGUGAUAAGACUAACCUUAGCGACAAGCAACAGACGCCCAGCAAGCGGGCAUGGGAAGGCAUCAGGAAGACUCACUCUCCACCUUCAUGGGUGCGUAAGGACCUGGAGCCACUUCAGGCUUCUCCUCUGGAACUGCAGGCCGUGGAGUGGGAAAAGACCAGUGCCACUAUCCCACUGGUGGGCCAGGAGAUCAUGGACCUCCAGACGGAAGUCUGAGUAGCCUACAGCUCCACACAGAGGUGUAGAACAAAAAAAAUUGAAAAAAAAAAAAAAAACCUUCACUGGCAGGGAAAAAGAGAGACAUACAGGGAGAACGAGAUGUGAAAGAGCGAUGAAACGGCAUAUUUGCUGGUGUACAAUUUGUUUUAUUUUGAUGCUGGAAUGGCAAUCAUAACUCUUCGGGAAAGAAAGACAUGGCUUGACCAUGUCAUGGCAUUGCUCAGACUGUUGAGACUGGGUGAGUCUAGUGUUGACAUAUUGGGGUGUUUCUAAAAUGGGGUGGGGACUGAAACGAGAAAAGGAAAUUAGACGUUUGGACAGAGGAUCCUGAAUGUGUGGCCUUCAGUUUCUAACUUUUUUUGGACUCUUUCUCACACACACACACACUCACACACACCCUUGUUUUGGACCAUUAUCGGUAAAUGAUGUUUGGAUUACUAUAACAACAUGCCUCUUUGUAAAGAUAUCUUGAAAAACAAAAGGCAUGAAAAGCCAGAACACAUUGUAAGCAGUCCUUGUCCUUAAACUGUUAUCAUGAAUGUAAUGUUUUAUUAAUAUUACUAUGAUUAUUAUUAUUAUUAUUAUUAUUAUUAUUAUUGCUCAUGUGCCACAAAAGAUCCUAUGCUGCUUUGGCUGUGAUGGUGGCAUGAUGGUUAGGUCCCCAUUACCCAAAAAGAGCCCUAAGCCAUCAAAACAAGACUGUUAAUGAGAGGAACAGCUGCCCAUACCCUCAGUACCAUCACAGAAGGAAAGAUUUGACCACACAACCCUCCUCAACCUAAAGCACUUCUGUCAGUGCCACUCCUGUUUCCAAAUGAACCAGCGAGCCAUCCAACACACGCCAGCCAUCCACGGAAGCUUUAGGAACGUCUGUGCAAAUCUACGAAUUUACUCAGCAGAAGCUCAUCGAGUGACUCUUAUUCGAUCCUGUGGAUUCUUCAGUCCAGAUGUGAAGAGAAAGAUAUGUCGUAGUGGAUGACAACAUAUUACCCAUCUGUGAUGUGCCCAUGGCAUGUUAGCAUGAUGCUCUUCACAUUAUGAUGAUGCCUUGACACACUUGUCAGAAAUCUUAAGGGUGUCCAUCAUCAUAAGCAAAGAGAAAGUAAUAUAAAAGUACACAGUGUGUGUUUUGAAGGCCAGGGGACUAUAUGAAUAUAUAAUAUACAUAUAAUGUAUCUUAUUAUUACAUAUGAAAUGAAAAGUAUAUGAAUUUAAAGAAAGUUUAUGUGAUGAAAUGAUGGUUGCACACAGAGAAAGCACAAGGCUCACUCUUCAGAGUCCUGUUGUAUUGUACAGCAUUGUAAUUAUUUCCAAAAGAGUUAUACACUAUGAAUUUUAGCAUAUAAAUAUCUUUCUUACUGUGCUUGGGGAAUAUUGUUAUUCUUAUUAUAAAAAUCAUUACGAAAUCCCCGAAUCUUGUCAGGUUACUGGACUAUAUGAGUGUUCUGUAACUUUAUGUAACAGUGUGUGUUUUAAUAUCACUGACUGUCACUCAAGAAGAUCUGUACUUGUCUAAACACCCCGUUUCCACCAUUUCCUCCCCACUCUCUCUUUUUUUUAGUUUAUUGGGUCUUUUUUGUUAAUGUACAGUUUUCAGAGCACAAAAUGAAUGUGUCAUAUUUCUAA